AAAUGGUUAUUUCCUCCCACUUCCCUUCAAUUCUUAAAUUUCUCCUCCACACCCACUUUCCUAACUUCUUCUUCAAAUAACAACAACAAAAAAAGAAAAUUAAAUUAUAAAAAUGGGUUCUUUUGCAAAAUCAAGAUCUAUGUUCUAUGGUGGAUGUGAAGAUUUAUACAAUACCCAUCAACCCCAUUUUCUUGAUUCUUGUUUUCUUUGCAAUAAACCACUUAAACCCAACAAAGACAUUUUUAUGUACAGGGGAAAUACACCAUUUUGCAGCGAUGAUUGUAGACAAGAGCAAAUAGAUAUAGAUGAAGCAAAAGAAAGACCUUGGAAAUUAAGGGCAACCCUAAGAAAAGCAGAAAACCCUGCAAAAUCUGGGUCUAAAAAAGCUGUAAUUGGCAGGGGAUAGAAAACCCAAGUUGUACAGCAUGUACAUGUUACAAGAUGAUAUUGAUGAAGAACACAAGAUUGAUGUUAUACAAUUUGUUUGGAUGACAAGUGAUUGGAAGCAAGAAGACAAAAUUAGUUGUUGAUCCGAGGACUGUGUUAAUUGGAAAAAGACUGAAUAAGUUGAGAUGAGAAAGGAGUCUGAGAUGUGAUUGUGUUGUCAAUACAUCCAAAGCACACGCAUCAAUGACUAGGAUUCUUAUUACUCCAAUUAUAUCUCUUCUUUUAUUCUUAUUAUCAAUACAACAUAGUGUAUGCCACUUACCCAUAGAAUACCUUGAGUUGUUUUUCUUUUUUUUUCUUUUUUUUUCUUUUUCUUAUGAAUAUGAUUUAGCAAUUUGAAAAAUUAGAAAAUGUGUGCCAAGUGGUAUUUGAGUUAUUAUUUUUUAUUUUGAGUUUAAAAUUUUACGGUAAGUCAAAAAUGCGUGUGUUGUAGAUAAAGGGAUUUAAAAUUAAAAAAAUUAAUUUUUAUUGUGAAUAGGAGGAUUUAGGCUAAAUAAUUAAUUUUUAUUGUGAGUGGGAGGACUAUAGGCUAAAAAAUCAAUGUUGAACGCUUGGAUCUAUGGUAAAGACCUCGAUUGGUUGUUCUAAUAAAAUAUAAAAUUAGAAAUUAAGGGAUUUUGAGUAUAAGGAAAGUAAAUGCAAUCAAUCAACAUUUGGAGUUAUUAUUAUACAUUCAAUGUGGGCGACGUCUCCAUAAGCCUAAUUGCGUUUAUUAAUUGAUGAUCAUAUAGGAGUUCUUGAAGAAUUCAAUGGAGGUUUGUAAUGGAGGUUCUCUAAGAGUUGGAGAAGUCGUUAAGUGUUUAAGGUUAGAGGAUUAAAUUAUAAUUGAGAGAGUAAUGUUUAGACAUAGAAUUAGUUAGCAUCUAACUGUAUUGGGGAUGGGGAGUAUUUAUAGACUAUAUACCCAAUUAUACGUACAUUAGACUGACAAUUAAGUCUUGUCUCAGUUGGAGAGAAAGUACCACCUUUCUAAAAAGGUCCUGACUUCAAUACCCACCUAGCCCCUCCCUUUCCCUCUUUUGCCCUGUAAUACAAAAAUAUGUCGUUAGACUUGGUUCAAGAUAGAGCAACGUGAAAAAAAAGUUUAGAAGCCAUACGCCAAGUCAAUUUUAGGUGGCAAUGGGCUGGAUCCUCAUUGGGGCCCCUGAUCCAGCCCUUCAUUGUAAGGAUUUCAUAUUGAAGAAAAUUUGAAAUGAUUAAGAUUAAUUAUCAACAAAAUGAACUAAAUAGUAUAAGUUUCAACUUAUUUCCAAAAGUAAGCGCGAAAAUC